AUGGAUCCGAUCCCUCCAACCGCUCUCAGUGCUCCGCCUAUUAUCGCCCAAAAGUCGCCUUCGCACAUCAAUGCUCAACCCAUCCUCCAUUCACAUUUCCACGCCCUGAGAUAUCCGUUUGAGCCACGCAAGUCUGCCUGCAAGUAA